UCUGCUUUCCCAUAUAACACGGGUGCCCCAGUCAAAUGCAGGACCCCUCAUCCUCAUAGACCUGCCACAACCUAAUCUCUUUAUCUGCGACCAUGUCCUUGCCAAGCCUGCAAUCGCUGCAACAGGAUCAAACCGAGCUCCACCGUUUCCUCGUCCUCCUCCUUGAGCCAUCAGAAAUCCUCUCAAGGAAACUGGUUCCAAAUGUGCACUCAAAAUUGCAAGCGUCGGCACUAUCGAGCUAUAGUCAGAUCCUGGAUGCUUGUCAGGUCGAGGUCACCACGUGGCCUAUGGAGGACCGACAAAACCUGAUCGGAGGACAUCCGCUGAUCGGCGAAGUGCAAGGCUUGAGCGCACUCAGUAGCAAGGAGCAGGGUAAUCUCAAGCCCACACCUGAACCCGUUCUACGAAGGCUGGCGCAUCUGAACAAAGUAUACACGGCCAUAUACCCUUCGUUGCCCUACAUCACCUUUGUCGCGGGUCGUCCCCGGAGCGCUAUCGUGACCGAGAUCGAAGAGCGCCUCGGCCUUGAGCAUGCAAGAACACCUUUGGCCCUUGAGAACGGCGAUAUAGAGCGGCCCGCUCUCGAUAGCGAGGCUGUUACGAGCAAGGUCAGGCCUCGAUACAGCGCAGCAUGGACGGACGAGCUGGAUCGCGCGGUGGGAGAUGUAUGGAGGAUAGGUCAAGCGAGACUAAAAGGGCUCGUAAAUCCCUGACUCUUGAUAUCUGGACGAAUUUUCGCACGUUGGGCCGAGCGUGAGGACGGAUUUCCUUUUGGACACUUGGACCUUCGAGCCUUGCCUACAGUAUCCACAACGGUCAUGACAGCGAUAACUAUCCCGCUUUUGUGCAAAUAAUGAGCAGUGCCUCUGUAUGUCGAAGAGCAGAUUUGUAGGAAAACCCCAGCAGGCGAUAGAGCAUUGUGCAAAGUGAAGCUCUGUUCAGUCAACCCGGAGCUUGUUAAUCUCCCCGCAAGUGAUUCGGUAAGACACGCCCUGCUCGGCUCGACGUGGGAUUCGUCAUGAGCGGGCGUGUGCACCUGUUCUCCAUAUUGCGAUGAUAUUCAUCUUGCAACAUCUGAUAUUGAU